AUGGGCAGCAUAAAGGUAAUUGCUUCAGGGCAUGACGGAACACCAGGAUUGCCGGGACCGCCAGGUCUGGAUGGAAUACCUGGUGCACCUGGUGACUGUGGUGACGAUGGACCAGCUGGACCACCUGGACGUGAUGGAGUUCCUGGCUAUCCAGGAGAAAGAGGACCACCUGGAGCACCAGGAUAUCCGGGCAUGAAGGGAGACGAUGGUUUCCCAGGUCUACCUGGAAUCCCUGGUCUCAAAGGAGAGCGUGGCAUGGACGGAUUACCUGGACUGCCUGGAAUUGACGGUCGACCUGGUCGUGAAGGUCCACCUGGAAUACCUGGUCCUGAAGGCAUCACAUUGGCAAGUCCAAAAGGAGAACCUGGACAGCCAGGUUGGCCAGGAGAGAAAGGAUACCCUGGACUUACCUGGAGAUAA